AUGAAUGAUCGUUGUGAUCCUUGGUGCCAAUUAAGAAGAAGAAGAAUAAGUGGAAAAGCUACCAAACAACAAAAACAGAAAUUUCUAGAUAUAUUGAAAAAUCAUAGAAAUGUUGGUACCGGAAAAUUUGGUGGCCCAAACAGCGGCAAAUCUGCUAAUGCUGUAUGGGCAACUCUCACAGCGGAUUUUAAUGCAUGCGGAGGAGCAUGUAAAACCGUUGAGCAGUCGAAAAAGUGCUGGGCAGACUGGAAUUCAGGCGUAAAGAAGCAGCAGGCCGCAAUUAUGCGUUUCCAGAACGCUACUGGAAAUCGUCCUGCCUCUGAAGGUCCAGCGCCGCUAGAUGGUAUGGACCUGCAAAUGUUAGACUUUUUCCCAACUGCACUUGUUGAUGGCGAUGGCGUUACUAAGGAGUCGGGGUUUCAAGAGAUGAAUGAUAGUGCAGAUGAAGAAUUGCAGAAAUCACUUGAAGACGUGUUGAAUACACAUCAAAAAACCUUAAAUGCUGCACUGCCAUCAACCAAACCCAAUACAGUGCCAUCGCCCACACCAGGGGGCCUAUUCUGUAACUCGAUUCGAAAAAAAAUUUACUCGAAUUCGGAUUUUGUAUAUUCUGUAACUCGAUUUUCGGAUUUUCAAGCCAAUUUUCGGAUAAAAUAUUCGAUAGCUUUUGAGUUGUAGAAAGCAAAAACGAAAAUUGUACGUAUUUAUACUGGCACAGGGUGGUACAACUGUCGCAUAAUUAUAAAUUAGAUCCGAAUUUCGAAUAGAA